ACAACUACAGACAAUGACAUCACCUGAGCAUCCAAGACUGAAAUGCAAGCAGGUUGAUGGCCCAUACCAACCACCGCAAAACAGAAAGCAAGAACAAGAAGUUGUGGAACAGACCUGUCAACAUUGUGUAACAGUACCUGAGAAACAAACAGUAAGGCAGGAGCGGAUUUAUGAGACAGAAAGACCUCAGCCGGAGUCGGGGAUCGAAGAUCAGGGCUUCCAUCAAGUAAGAGAAGCAUCACCUGUGCAACUCGGACAUGAGCAGAGUUCUCAUCAAGGGACAGCAACAUGUGAGAACGAGGGAGUUGAGCAGAAGCAAGCAAGUCAUCAUGCCCAAAUUCCUCGGAAAUAUGAGCAGAAAAUGGCAGGAGUCAUCAAGCAGAACAUCCAACAGAGUACACCUACAUCGCCUGAACAUCAGAGAAUGAGACAGGAGCGCGAUGAUGAUCUUUACGGGCCCGACCCAAAUAUACAGUCAACAGUAGGAGAACAGCGCCCUCAAGAAGAGGUGAUGACCUCUGCCCAAGAAAAACUUCAAUCUGAUCGACUUCACAAGGGGAAUUUGUCUCCAGAACAGUUGCAAGCAGUUGAAGAUCUAGUGCCUUCAGCGGUCCAGCCAGCGAUGCAGCAUCCAUCUACUCUGUGUACUCAUCAUUCAUCGGAUUCCAUUCAACCAACUGUACAAACAGGGGACGUCAAUGUCCCUGGCAGCUGUAAUCCUGUGUUUUUAGGAUCGUCGUCUGGGCAUACAUUCCAUUACGAAUUCAACCAGAAUGUGACAGUUCACCAGGGAGCUACAUCAGGAGAGAUGGGAAAUGAUCAGCGCCCUGAGGUAAGCAACCCAUCCGUACAAACAAGUCAAGAUACCAGUCCAGCCACCGAUGCAGCAGCAGCUGCGGCAGCGGAUCUGUGUGAAGAGGCACUUAAAAAGGUGUACAAGACCACAGGCAGUUACGUGCAAAUGAUUCCAUGGGUUGAUGAUGACAUGAGGGAUAUAAUGGAUAUAUAUACCAAGUUGAGAUUGGUCACUGAUGAUAAUGAAGAAACAAUAGGGAUGUGGUAUAAAGAUGGGAAGGAGGUGAAUUAUGAGGAUACUUUCCUUGUUGAAAACAAAGGUUACAUUAUUAAUCGCAUAGUUUAUGAAGGAUUGGCUGGUCUGGGAAAAACAACUCUGAUUGGGAAAAUUGCUUACGACUGGGCAAGUGGCUCAUCUGGCUCUCUGGCGAAAUAUAAGCUUGUUUUUGUUCUGAGAAUGAGUGCACUGGAACAAUCUGCAGAUCUCCUUGACUCUCUUUAUGAGCAGCUCAUCGAUCCAAAUGUAAUCGAUAAAAAUCAUCUGGAAACCUUCAUUUUUAAGAAUCCCAAAAAAGUGCUAAUUCUUUUGGAUGGCUUUGAUGAGUUGACGACUACCGAACUUGAUAAUAAAUCAUUCGGAUCCAUCCUGCAAAUUCUAAAUCGAAAGGUUGGAGCAGACAUUGAUGUGGUUAUAACAACUCGCCCGUCUCAUUUCAGCGCAUUGGUCAGCAAAUCACUGGUUAAAAAUCCUUACACUCGCGUAAAGGUUUUAGGGUUUUUCAUGCAAGAUAUUAAAAAUUACGUGGAAAAGUUUUUUUCUAAAAAACCCUGUGAUGCAGAGAUCCUUUUCCAAACCAUUAUAUCAUCAGGUGUCCUUCUUGAUUUAGCCCAUAGCCCAAUGUUGCUUCUAUUAAUGUGUUUAUUAUGGAGACAAGAUUCCAUACUGCCAGACACAACAUCACGCUUAUAUGGCGAAGCUGUUCGAUAUAUAUUCAAGAGAAAAGGUAUACCGGAGGAGGAAAUACUAGAUAUCCUUGUUGCCGUUGGAGAGAUUGCUUUCAAUGGCCUGGUAUCUCCAGUGCAGCGGCUUUCAUUUCAAGAAAGAGAUUUUGAGAAGAGUGCGCUUGAUAAAGCUGUGAAGGCCGGCAUCCUCACAAGCCAGAGGUUUCUAAUAGGGUUGGAUACUCAUAACAACAUACAGUUUACCCACAAAACAUUUCAGGAGUUCUCUGCUGCUUUUUACCUACAAAGCUUACAGAAAUCAGACACUGAUGAAUUUCAACAGAAUCUUGAUAAACUUGAUGACCCGGAGACGUUUCACUAUUUGCUGCGCUUUUGUUGUGGCGACAAUGAAGCAUGCACUAUUAAAGUCUUGCAGAUGUUGCAAAAGAGGAUCAAUGAUGAGAGUACUUGGAUCAAAACUACAACAUUAAACAUGGCUUUGAAUUGUUACUUUGAGAGUCAGGCAGACAAUUUGCUAUCAGAGGCGUUCGCACAAUCAGUCAUAACUGAAACAAUAAACACGGAUUAUCUCAAGAGCCGUGAUGAUGUGAAUUCCUUUGUAUGGUUUCUCAAACAUGUUGCUAACGAGGCAAAGUACACAGGUAAUAUUUUUCUCGACAAAGUUAAGAAAUUAAAGUUCAGUAACCAUAGUUUGGAAGGCUGUAGUAAACAUCUGGCAGUGGCCAUGAGUAGCAUGCCUAAUGUUUCUGCUGUCAGAAUGAGGAAUUGCUGUUUAACUACCGACAAUAUGACAGAAAUUGCAUCAGUGUUAGGAAGGACUGACAAGUUGUCUGUAUUGGACCUUUCCUGCAAUUCAAAUUUAAGUGGUUCAGUGCAUUCAUGGAUUUCGCAGUUAAAUAAAACACAUCUACGAAAGUUAAAGCUAGAUGGCUGUUCUCUGACAGUUGAUGACAUGAGGCAAAUUGCUCUUUCACUUAGUGAUAUGCCAAACGUGAUGGAAACAAGUUGGUCGGAAUAUUUAUGGAUAUAUCCAAAAGGAUGUGGCAUUGGGCUGCAAAUAAGUAAUCUUUCAUUAAAUGGUACAGAAAUAAAACUCAUCUUGAAGGCACUGGUUAACAGAAAAGACUUAGUUGCAUUGUACAUGGCGGAAAUUAAGGGACUGCAAGGUACGGCGGCAUUAUGGGCUUCUCAGUUCAAGGAACUAAAGCAACUAGACCAGUUGACUUUUGAAAGUUGUACACUAACAAGCACUGAUGUUAAGCUCAUUACUGAAUCUCUUUGUGAUACACCUACACUGACAGAACUUUGCCUGUCUCAAAAUUAUAGCAAGAGUCACAUAGACGUAGUGGUCGUUGAUCGUGUUCAAGGACUUGGCGGUACAGCAGCUGAGUGGUCACCUGCAUUACGACAACUGAAAUAUUUGAAGCAAUUACACUUACAAAACUGCUUUUUGAACGUAGAAGAUGUGAAAUGGAUUGCUGCUGCAGUUGGUUGCUUGCCAAGGCUUAUCCAUUGUACUGUUGAUGAUGUGUUUGAAGUCUCACCAUGUGGUACGGGUUUGAAGAUAGAACUCUCAAAUCAGACGUUCACUGGUUCUGAUGUGGCAGGUAUUGUGAAGGCUAUGUGUAGCCGGAAUGACAUAGUUCAAGUGGUUGUUGAAGAUGCUAAAGGACUUCGUGAUACAGCAGCUGUAUGGUUACCUGCAUUACAAGAACUGAAAUGUCUGGAACGAUUAGGCUUUAUAAACUGCUCAUUGAGCGGCACAGACAUUGAACAUAUUGCUGCAUCACUUAGUACCAAUCUGGUUCAUUUGCAUGUGUCUCGGAAUCCCCUGGCUGGCUCAGGUGUGUCAUUGUCCAAGUUAAAGCAGCUGACACACCUGAAGAUACUGACACUAGAUGACUGUGGCUUAGAAGUGGAGGAUGUGAUAAGUAUUGCUGCUGUAGUUGGCUGUUUGCCAAAGCUUCGGUAUUGCCGUCUAAUGAAUUAUGUUAAUGGGUUUAAUGAUUUAUUAUUCUUUGAAGUAGUUCCGUGUGAAAUCGGUAUUGGCAUACGACUGCAUCUCCCGUCAAGUAAAUUUAGAGGUCCUGAUGUGGCAAACAUUGUAAGAGCAUUAGGAAGUAGACGUGACUUGGUUGACGUGACAAUUGAAUAUAUUAAAAACUUUGGUGGCAAAGCAGCUGAAUGGUCACCUGCAUUGCAGGUACUGGAACAUCUGAAGCGAUUCCGCAUAAGCAACAGCUCAUUGAUAGAUAAAGAUAUUAAGCACAUUGCUGCAUCACUGAGUGACAUACCCACUCUGGUUGAACUGGAUCUGUCUGGAAAUGUAUCCCUGGCUGGUUCAAGUGCAUGGUCCCACCUAAAGUGCCUGAAACAACUGGAAAAGCUAAAAUUGCGGUGGUGCGCAUUGAGAAAUGCCGACUUGGAACUCAUCGCUGUAUCACUUAGUGGAAAGUCAAAUCUGCUCGAACUGGAUCUGUCUGGAAAUGUAUCCCUGGCUGGUUCAAGUGCAUGGUCUCACCUAAAGUGCCUGAAACAACUAAAAAACCUGGAAUUGCAGUGGUGCGCAUUGAGAAAUGCAGACAUCGAACUCAUCGCUGCAUCACUUAGUGAAAAGUCAAAUCUGCUCGAACUGGAUCUGUCUGGAAACGAAUACCUGGCUGGCUCGGGUGCAUUGUCUCACCUAAAGUGCAUGAAACAACUGAAAAAGUUGGUCUUACAAUUAUGUUGGUUGAGUGAUGCAGACAUUAAACCGAUCACUGCAUCACUUAGUGACACACCAACUCUCGUUGAACUGGAUCUGUCUAGAAAUGUAUCCCUGGCUUUCUCGGGUGCAUGGUAUCACCUUAAGUGCAAGAAACAACUGCGAAAGCUGGUCUUAAAAGAAUGUUGGUUGAGUGAUGCAGACAUUGAACCCAUCACUGCAUCACUUAGAGACAUACCAACUCUGGUUGAACUGGAUCUGUCUGGACAUGAAUCCCUGGCUGGUUCAAGUGCAUGGUCUCACCUAAAGUGCCUGAAACAACUGAAAAAGCUAAAAUUGCGGUGGUGCGCAUUGAGAAAUGCCGACUUCGAACUCAUCGCUGCAUCAUUUAGUGAAAAGUCAAAUCUGCUCGAACUGGAUCUGUCUGGAAAUGAAUCCCUGGCUGGCUCGGGUGCAUGGUCUCACCUAAAGUGCCUGAAACAACUGAAAAACCUGGAAUUGCAGUGGUGCGCAUUGAGAAAUGCAGACAUCGAACUCAUCGCUGCAUCACUUAGUGAAAAGUCAAAUCUGCUCGAACUGGAUCUGUCUGGAAACGAAUACCUGGCUGGCUCGGGUGCAUUGUCUCACCUAAAGUGCAUGAAACAACUGAAAAAGUUGGUCUUAAAAGAAUGUUGGUUGAGUGAUGCAGACAUUAAACCCAUCACUGCAUCAUUUAGUGACAUACCAACUUUGGUCGAACUGGAUCUGUCUGGAAAUGUAUCCCUGGCUUGCUCAGGUGCAUGGUCUCACCUAAAGUGCAUGAAACAACUGCAAAAGCUGGUCUUAAAAGAAUGUUGGUUGAGUGAUGCAGACAUUGAACCCAUCGCUGAAUCACUUAGUGACAUACCAACUCUGGUUGAACUGGAUCUGUCCAGAAAUGUAUCCCUGGCUGGUUCAAGUGCAUGGUCUCACCUAAAGUGCCUGAAACAACUGAAAAAGCUGGAAUUGCGGUGGUGCGCAUUGAGAAAUGCAGACAUCGAACUCAUCGCUGCAUCACUUAGUGAAAAGUCAAAUCUGCUCGAACUGGAUCUGUCUGGAAAUGAAUCCCUGGCUGGCUCGGGUGCAUGGUCUCACCUAAAGUGCCUGAAACAACUGAAAAAGCUGGUCUUGAAAGAAUGUUGGUUGAGUGAUGCAGACAUUAAACCCAUCGCUGCAUCACUUAGUGACAUACCAACUUUGGUCGAACUGGAUCUGUCUAAAAAUGUAUCCCUGGCUUGCUCAGGUGUAUGGUCUCACCUGAAGUGCCUGAAACAACUGCAAAAGCUGGUCUUAAAAGAAUGUUGGUUGAGUGAUGCAGACAUUGAACCCAUCGCUGUUUCACUAAGUGACAUACCAACUCUGGUUGAACUGGAUCUGUCCAGAAAUGAAUCCCUGGCUGGUUCAAGUGCAUGGUCCCACCUAAAGUGCCUGAAACAACUGGAAAAGCUAAAAUUGCGGUGGUGCGCAUUGAGAAAUGCAGACUUGGAACUCAUUGCUGCAUCACUUAGUGAAAAGUCAAAUCUGCUCGAACUGGAUCUGUCUGGAAAUGAAUCCCUGGCUGGCUCGGGUGCAUGGUCUCACCUAAAAUGCCUGAAACAAUUGAAAAAGCUGGUAUUAAAAGAAUGUUGGUUGAGUGAUGCAGACAUUGAACCCAUCACUGCAUCACUUAGUGACAUACCAACUCUGGUUGAACUGGAUCUGUCUGGAAAUAAAUACAUGGGUUACUCGGAUGCAUGGUCUCACCUAAAGCGCCUGAAACAAUUGAAAAAGCUGUCCCUGAGGGAGUGCUCAUUGAGUGAUGCAGACAUUCAACUCAUCGCUGCAUCACUUAGCAGUGUUGUAGUCGAGUCCACCACGUGCGAGUCCGAAUUCGAGUCCGAGUCCGAAUUCGAGCUCGGAUUCUGAGUUUGAGUCGGAAAAUCCGAGUCCAAAACCUCCUAGUCCGAG